GCAGAGCACCACCACCAUACGCCGCCACCGCAAGCAGACGUCCCCAUGGCCAUGGCUUCCACCGCCACCGCUGCUGCUUCUCUCCGCCUCGCCUUCCCUCUCCUCUCCUCGCCGGCUUCCUCCUCCUCGUCCUCUAAUACCCUUCGCUUCCCUCUCCGCCGCCGCAGCGCCGCCCGCCCCAUCGCCGUCACCGCCUUCAAGAAGCUCUCCGAGGCGUCCCCCGUGCCCAUCCCUCAGGAGCCCACCGAGCCCCUCCUGGUCGACGAGGACGCUCUGCCCCCAAAGGCCGGGGUCUACGGCGUCUACGACCCCGCCGGCGAGCUGCAGUUCGUCGGGAUUUCGCGCAACGUCAGGGCCAGCAUCGAGGGCCACCGCCGGAAGGUCCCCGCCAACCUCUGCGCCUCCGUCAAGGUCGCGGUAUCAGAUGAGGAGACACCAGAUCGAUCUGCCCUUAACAACGCCUGGAAAUCAUGGAUGCAAGAACACAUAGCGGCCACCGGCAAGGCGCCACCAGGGAAUGUUGCAGGAAACAACACCUGGGUUGGUGGCCCCCAGCGGCCUCCAGACCUGCGGCUGACGCCCGGACGCCACGUCCAGCUGACGGUUCCGCUGGAGCAGCUGAUACACCGGCUGGUGAAGGAGAACAGAGUGGUAGCCUUCAUCAAGGGGUCAAGGAGCGCUCCCCAGUGUGGGUUCUCGCAGAGGGUGGUGGGCAUCCUGGAAGGGCACGGCGUGGAUUUCGUAACCGUCGACGUGCUCGACGAGGAGCACAACCACGGGCUGAGAGAAACCCUCAAGGCGUACAGCAGCUGGCCGACGUUCCCUCAGGUCUUCGUUGGAGGGGAGCUCGUGGGCGGCUGCGAUAUCGUUUCGUCCAUGGCUGAAAAGGGGGAGCUUGCUGCCCUACUAAUUCAGAAAUGAAUGCUUUACCCUACAGUGACUUGAAUUGCUUCGAUGGUUGUCUGAUCCACACGUAGUAGCACGGAGAUCCAAGUUGUUGUACCUGCUGUGCAUGUUGGAUGUGGUACGUCCCGAGUUUGAAAAGCGUGUGAUGUGGUAUGGACGUGUGGUUUGCCUGCUGUUUAUAGGUAGAAGUUGCCUGAGGACGACACACAUAUUUUUUGUUUUAUUUAUUUGUGGGGAUCGGAGAGCGAUCGAGCCUCUGUUUGGUUGGUUGGAUGUACGUAGAUGGAUGAAAGAGUCGGCCACAGUUUAUAUAAUGUUCGGAUGAAAGUUAAGUAGAGACGAGUUAAACACUGGAGUAGUUUUUUGUAGCGAUGUGGUACCAAAAAAUCGAAGGAUGGUGUCGUCUCCGUCUUAUUCU